UGAGGUUAAUUUGAGCCAAAACUCUCAAACCACUUUCUUUUGCAAUUUCACUUCAGGAUUUGAAUGUGGAAUCUUUUUUUUUUUUUUUUUUGCUUUUGCCUAUCUCAAAGAAUGUGAGUGAUUUCUUCCCUCCCUAUUAAAUCAUCAUUAGGGGUCCUGUCUCUGUGCCCACCCACAAUAGAAAGAUUUUAGGGAGGGACUUUGCCUUUCAACAUUUAACCAGUGAGCAGCCUGAUCCCGGUGAGACAGAGGGCUUUUCAAAACCUGGAAUUAACCCAAGCAGACCUGCACGGAGCCGGGGGUCCCCUCACAUCUCACCCCAGUGAUGUUAAGACAAAUAACGAGCUUUUUUUGAAUAUAUAUUGCCUAUAAUGGAUGUAUCUGCUGCUGAUGCGCUGCACGGAUCUUUUGGAGAGCUUUUCACCGCUCAGUCAGCCGGAUCAGGUUUUUGAUAAAUGUGAGGGGGAAUAACUCUUGUUUCAGAGACUCUGUUGGUGUGGAUGGACAGGUCAGGAGCGCAUAUGUGGAUUUAUUUCUGGGAUUUAUCUGCCUCAAGAUUCCGGGUCUUGAUCGGAUGAAAUAAAAAGAAGAAUGUAUGGAAUAAACCAGCGCUGCAUUUACAUAUCAUUUCAUUUUUUCGUGCUGUGGUGCCACGCUCAGGGGGAGAAUCACCCGUCUCCUAAUUUUAACCAGUAUGUGAGGACGCAGGGUGCAGUGACGGACCAGCUCAGCCGCAGACAGGUCAGGGUGUACCAGCUCUACAGCCGCACCAGCGGGAAACACGUCCAGAUUCAGGGCAAAAGGGUCACCGCCACCGCCGAGGAUGGAAAUAUGUACGCUCGUCUUUUUGUUGAGACAGACACAUUUGGCAGUCGGGUGAGGAUAAGAGGCGCAGAGAGUGGGCGCUACCUCUGCAUGAACCGGAAGGGGAAACUUGUUGGAAAGCCCAACGGCCGGAGCAGGGAUUGUAUCUUCACAGAGAUAGUUCUGGAGAACAAUUACACAGCCUUCCAGAAUGCCAAGUAUGAGGGCUGGUAUGUGGCUUUCACCAGGAAAGGGAGGCCCAUCAAAGCCUCCAGGACGAGGGAGAACCAGAGAGAGGUCCAUUUCAUCAAGAGGCUACAUACGGGCCCGCCUCCCUUCCCCAACACGGACCAAAGCAAACACUUUGAGUUCAUCCGAUUUCCGGCCACACGUCGAGCGAAGCGGAACAGGAAAUCACGUACCUCUUCCUAACAUGCAGCAAAAGCAAUGGACUGAUGACAGUUGUGACAUAGGAAGAAACAGAUGCGAUUUUAUUUUUGUAUAUUUUGAUAGGUAAAAGAUGGUUGAAAGGCCAUAAAUCUAAAGUAAUAUUGCUGUAAAAUGAUCAUGUGUAAAUACUGAAAGAGAGUAAAGAAGAUGGAUUAUAUUUAA